CCACCGAAAUGCCGUAUGAAAGCGCCGACCGGCAGCAUCCUUGCGAGACAAGCGCCCGCGGCCGCAUUUAUUGCACUCCUCCCGGUGGACCCGUACCAUCGUCACCGCAUAUUGCCGGUCGCACACUCCACCUUAAAAACUAUAGAAGAAACCUCACUCUCCCUUGCUUCUAAAAUUCUCUGCGUCUCUUUUCUGAAGCUAGAACAGCUGAAAAACCCUACAAGACGAGGGCAGAAAUCGAAGGCGAUUUAUGAGAAAGGAGUGAUGAUGACGGAUAAGAGAGAAGAUAAGCUGGAGUUUAUGGCGGGAGCGAUUUCUCCCUUCUCCGUCGACGCGAUUGAGCCCGCUUUCCCUCACAUCGGUGGGGGUUUCUUCGAACUCGCCGGCCAAAUGGACUCCGGCGACUGCGGAUCGUUCGGCUUCGUCGACCUUCUUGAACUGCACGAUCUCCCCCAAUCUCUGCUCGACACCGAGCCAUAUACUCCUCCGGCCUCCUCAGCUUCUGCCGCCGCUGCGCCGCCGGAGUCAUCAGAGACCCAAAACUUCCCAGCGACACCGAACUCAUCUUCAAUCUCCUCUUCUUCGUCGGAGGCCGACGCCGAUCCAACGCUGCCGGCGUGCAAUCCUACGGAGGCUGAAGAAGACGCCGCUGAGCUCGAGCAGGCGAAGAUGGGGUCGGAGUCGAAGGGAAGGAAGAAGAAAGGGCAAAAGCGGAAGAGGGAGCCACGAUUCGCUUUUCUGACACAGAGCGAGGUGGAUCAUCUUGAAGACGGUUAUCGCUGGCGCAAGUACGGCCAGAAGGCUGUAAAGAAUAGCCCCUUUCCCAGGAGCUAUUACCGCUGCACGAGCGCUCUCUGCGGGGUGAAGAAGAGAGUGGAACGUUCAUCCAACGAUCCGACGGUGGUGGUGACCACAUACGAGGGACAGCACACUCACCCGAGCCCAAUAAUUUCACGUGGCACUCAUCAUUUUCCAGCCUCGUCGCCGGAGCUGGUCGAUCUCCACCGCUUCCAGCUACAGAGCUCGUACCUUCUUUCAUCACAGCCGUUGAAUCUCCGUCCCGUGAUCACUGGCGCCCCUGCGCCGCUUGCGCCGCCGCAACGGCCGAUUUCUGUAGCUGGGUUCGGUGAGCGGAGUUACUGUGAUGCGGCUAUUGGGAUCGGAUUACGCGAUCACGGGCUUUUACAAGAUUUAAUCCCAUCAGAGGUGAUGAUGAAAAGGGAGCUUCUACAUUGA